ACCGACUUUCCGCCCUUUUCUCGGCUCCUCCGCAAUCAGGAACUUCCGGUCUUAAACAACCCCCUUACGAAGCCAUCGAGAAGAGCGAGAACGCCAUCUAGUGGCCGUUAGCACCAGUGCAAACAAACCACGUUGACAAAGGAGAACUCCUCUGACUGUGACGUCUCGUCUCUUGUUUAAAGCAGUGACGCGACGUUCCGGUCCGACGCGGGGGGUGGGGGUGGGGGGCGGCAUUAGAAUUUGAUUUAACCAUGCGUAUGAGCCGAAUGUCUGGUCAAAGUUGAGGUUUUUCGAGAGGUGCCAAAAGGCAGCACCGCUCAGCUCCUCUGCCUGCUUGUCACAUCCUGAGUUUUCAUUUCAGACAAUAAUCAAUUGAAAGGAAAUUAAAUAAAAAAACUCAAUAAACUAUUAACCAUGGCGGCCGAAAUCACCGAGCUUUUGGACGGGGACAAGUUGUUUCUCACACAAAUACGAUAUUUGGAGGAGCAGCUGGAGAAUUGUCAGAACAAAUGUGAAGAGCUGGAGAACCAGGUGCAGGACCUGCUGUACGAGCAGCGGGUGCUACGCAAGGACAAGGCAGACGUGACGCGCUACCUGAAACGCUCGCUGGAUGCCAAGGACAAGAAGGUGGAGAUGCUGAUGGAGCAGGUGGAGAGCCAGCAGGAGGCGGCGGAGAGGCAAAAGGAGAGCAUGGAGCAGCUGGAGGCCACGGUGGCGCAGCUGGAGGCACACAUACAGGAGCUCAACGGGGAAAUCAGCACGCAAGUGGGCAAGUUGGAGGCUCAGGCUGGGCAGCUGGUGGCUCUGGAGGAGAAGCUGGUGAAGCAGAAGCAGGACCAGGAGGCCACCGUCCGCCGCCUCAAGGAGGAAGCGGAGCGAGACAAGACCAACAUGAUCGCCGAGACCAUGAGGAACAUGGAGGUGGUGUUUGAGGACAAGAUGGGCAAGGUGCUGCAGCAAGAGCGGGAGCAGAACAGCGAGAAGAUGCAUCAGCUGCAAAACAUGCUGGGAGAAAACAUGACCCUGUGGCAGGAGAAGGACGUGAUGCAGAAGCGAGAGCUGGAGCUCUACUGCGAGGUCAGCCGCCUCCAGGAAGAGCUUGUCAAGAAGCCCAGACGCAAGCUCAUCCGCAGGAAGUGAUCGAUCAGCUCGUACGUUCUCCUUCUGAACUCCUAAAAUGAAGCCAUCAAGACAACGCUGGGAAAGAACUACGCACGUGUUUUCUCACCGUCCUCCGACUCUUCUGUGUCACUGUCCCUGACAAAUGACAAAAUUGUCAUGAAACGACCUCAUAAACUGGCGUGGAAAAACGACGUAAUCGAUGAUAAAAGCACAGAAACUGUCAAAAUACAGGAGUUCAUCCAAACUACAAAACUAUCGUGCAGCAUAUGUUU